AGCUGCAAUGAAUAACAUUCAGCAACUGACAAUGAUUUUAAACUCAGCAGCUGAUAAACCAUCAGAGACUCUCAUCAAGUAUUUCAAUAAUUGCACAGUGAACCCUACAGACAGUAUCCUGAAGAGAGUAGAAAAUCUUGAACAUAUCUUCAAGAAGAAAUUUGCUGAAGCAGUUGGACAGGGAUGUGCUGAAAUUGGCUCACAGAGAUACAAGCUGGGAGUACGUCUGUAUUACAGAGUAAUGGAGUCGAUGCUGAAGUCGGAGGAAGAACGCCUCUCAGUGCAGAAUUUCAGCCAACUUCUGAACGAUAACAUCUUCCACACAUCUCUUCUGGCAUGUGCUCUUGAGGUUGUCAUGGCUACAUAUGGCAGAAAUGCUUCACAAAGUGAUGGUGCCAGUGCUGAAACAGACUUGUCUUUCCCCUGGAUUCUCAAUGUGUUUGAUUUAAAAGCUUUUGACUUCUACAAGGUGAUUGAAAGCUUUAUUAAAGCAGAGCCAAGCCUAACAAGGGAGAUGAUAAAGCACCUAGAACGCUGUGAACAUCGAAUUAUGGAGUCUCUGGCUUGGCAAUCUGGGUCACCUCUCUUUGAACUUAUCAAGCAGUCAAAGGAACGAGAGAGCCAAAGUGACCAGCCUGAGCCCACUGCCACUCUGAACCUGCCUCUCCAGCACAACCACACUGCAGCAGACCUCUACCUUUCUCCUGUGAGAUCUCCUAAGAAGAAAGCUUCUGGACCUUCUCCAAGUGCAAAUCCCUCUCCAGAUGCUCAGCCAUCUGCAACCUCCCAAACACAGAAACCACCAAAGUCUACCUCCCUCUCCCUCUUCUACAAAAAAGUGUAUUUACUGGCCUACAUUCGACUGCGUAACCUCUUCUUCCGGCUUCUUCCUGAGCAUCCUGACCUGGAGCCCUUGAUCUGGACCCUCUUCCAGCACACACUGCAAAAUGAGUAUGAACUGAUGAGAGACAGGCACUUGGACCAGAUCAUGAUGUGUUCCAUGUAUGGCAUAUGCAAAGUAAAGAAUAUAGAUCUUAGAUUUAAAACAAUAGUGUCAGCAUACAAGGAGCUUCCCAACACAAAUCAAGAGACUUUCAAACGUGUUCUUAUCAGGGAAGAGCAGUAUGACUCCAUUAUAGUCUUCUACAACUUGGUGUUCAUGCAGAAGCUGAAAACAAACAUUCUGCAGUAUGCCUCCAACAGGCCCCCCACUCUGUCACCCAUCCCACACAUUCCUCGCAGCCCAUACCAGUUUUCCAACUCCCCUCGGCGUGUCCCUGCUGGCAACAACAUCUACAUCUCACCCCUGAAGAGCCCAUACAAGUUCUCUGAUGGCUUCCAGUCACCCACAAAGAUGACUCCCAGGUCUAGAAUUUUGGUGUCAAUCGGUGAAUCAUUUGGGGCUUCUGAGAAGUUCCAGAAGAUAAACCAGAUGGUGUGCAGCAGCGAGGGGCCGCUGAAGCGCAGCGCGGAAGGAGGCGCCGCCCCGAAGCCGCUGAAGAGGCUGCGCUUCGACAUCGAGGGGCAGGACGAGGCUGAUGGAAGCAAACACCUACCCCAGGAGUCCAAGUUCCAACAAAAGCUUGCAGAAAUGACAUCUACUCGAACCAGGAUGCAGAAGCAGAAGCUGAACGAUGGAAACGAUACCUCAGGCAGUGAAGAGAAGUGA